UGACUGUCAAGUAUGGUAAAUUUUCCACAAAUUUUCUUAUACUUUAAUUCACGAUAAAACAGAAUACAUUCUAAUCAAAACAAUAUGUACAACUAAAAAGCUUAAAAAAUACAACAUGUGAAAUGGUUUAAGCGAUGUUAAAAGGAUUUGUAAAGAGUUCAGAAGAGUCAGUUGUGAUAUAUCAAAGUGUAAUUCAUAAUAAAUAUAGAAGAGAAAAUGUUUGUUACGUCUGAUUCGGAAAAAAAGUGUUUCUUGGAGCAUACUAAAGCUGCUAGAGAGGAGCGAGCCUACGAAAAACGUCGGGAAGAGGCAGCUGUGAGAAUACAAGCCCAAUGGAAAGGAUACGUAGCACGUAAACAGUAUUACAAUAAGAUAAUCUAUGACUUUGACAAUAUAUUCAUAAAGGAAAAUACUGAUUUGGACGUAGAUCUUUUACCAGCGAAUACUGUGUAUCCGGUUGUUCGGCGCUUCCUCACAUAUUUUGAAUGUAAAAAUGGAUCACCCGCUGUGGUGAAACCGUUACGGGAGAAGUUUGAAUGUUUAUGUCGAUAUUUAAACAAAGCAAUGGAAUCGGAAACACCAAAAUUGUCGUACGCUGCUCUUUGUCUGCACAAAGAUAAGAGCUUGCCUUGGUUGGCACAUAUCAAAUCAUUAUUGAGUUUAUGCUGUUUAAUGCUGGGCGAUAUUAAACCAGAGAAUCAUACCGACAGCAUUUCUUUGGCUCUGUAUCUGCAUACUUUAAUCGUUUUCACUUCACCAAAGUCAUGGGGUAUUCUGCGCAAUAAACAAUUCGAAAAAAUGCAACCAGCAUUUCAGAAAAUAUGCUGCAACAUUCAGGGAAAAUUAGUACAAAAUAAUUUUUUCAAAACUAUGCGCACAAUCCUAUUGAAAGGCACAGCCCGGGAGGAUCUUUCUCUUAAGCCCGUUUCGCUUAAAGCUAUCAUGACGCUUUCUACCCGACCGCUUAUUGAUGGGAAUUUCAGUCGUAAUUUGAUGACGUAUUUUUUCGCGGAAAUUUUAUCCGUACCAGCACUGGUGUUUCAUUUGAAUAUUGUUACACCACAGUGUUUGGAAAAUCUCACUAACAUGCAUGUCCUGAAGCGAUUUGUUCAAUCAGCAGAAGAUUCCAAUUGGUUUUCAGAAUUUACAAACAAUAUGCCUGGGACCAAAUUACUUGCAUUGUUGGGGAAUGUUGUGAAUCUUUUUACAAUCGAAAACUUUGUAGAAGCAAAAGAGCUGGCAUACCCUCUUUUCACGAAUGCAACUACUAUACUGCUCGAAAAUAUUCCUAACACAGUAUCAAGUAAAGGAGUAUUCACGCAAUGGCAUGAACUACUUGGAUGGCAUACACCCUCGUUAGAUGCAGCGCAAAAUCAAAAUGUGGCACUGAUUAAAAAACAAUUUCAUUUGUUAUGGGGUCAUCGAUGUAUCAAAGUUUUGUUGGCUGAUUUGCUUAGAGAUAUUAAUGCUACUUAUGAACGCAUAGAAUUCCAACCCCCGGCACAAGCAUCCACAAGCAACAUACUUCGUCGGGCACUGGAUCGCGGAUCAGCUCGCGGCACUUUUAUCAGAGGCAAUAGAACGUGGCGCAGACUCGAUUGUGCCGAAGUGGAGCAAGUGUCUCGGGUAUGUGCAAUGUUUUAUGCGGCAUUAAACACGCUUUCACAACUUCGCCUUGAUAUUUUAACAGGUAUUUGUUACAAUGAUAAUGUUUUGUACGACCUUUGGCUACUUCUCACCUCGCUGGGUCCGAACUGUGGUUUGAAAGAGUUUAUGGAGUUAUUAAAGCAAGACAACGUUUUACAAAAACCCCAAGUCACAAUGCUCAUGCUCUUCUGUGAUAGUAUGACCCAUUAUGUUACUAUUUUAGAUGAGUACGAAAUGUAUACAGAACAAAAGCCAUUUCUCCUCAAUGACUACGUCAUGCUUACUUAUUUUCUCAACAAUAUACUGUACAAACUUAUCAACGAGAAUUUACUUGGUACGAAAAAUGUCACCCAAUGUCCGGUAUUUGUGUCGCUGCAUACGUUACUGUUAUGCCUAUACCGGCGAGAUUGUCGUCGAGCAUUUGCGCCAAAUAAUCACUGGCUGAUUCCCGAAGUAAAACCCUCGGCGUUCAUUAGUGAUUUGGAGAAAGCCAAAAGACACGCCGUGAUUUUGUUACAGAAAAUGCCUCAUAUCAUACCCCACGAAGAUCGUGUCAAAUUGUUUCGCAAGUUCGUGCAAAACGAAAAGGCUGUCAUGGGUUUAACGGAGAGUGCGUGCGCAUCACCACGAUCUGCUUUAAUCGUCGUGCAUCGUGACCGUAUUGUGGAGGACGGUUAUCGACAGCUAGCUGCACUUAGGCCUCACGCUCUAAAAGGCGUGAUUCGUGUGCGUUUUAUUAAUCAACAAGGUUUGCACGAGGCUGGCAUUGAUCAGGAUGGCGUUUUCAAAGAGUUUUUAGAGGAAACUAUUAAGAAAGUAUUUGAUCCAUCGCUGAAUUUAUUUAAAACAACUACGGAUCAACGCCUAUAUCCUUCGCCUAUAUCAUAUGUGCAGGACAAUCAUUUACAAUUGUUCGAGUUUGUGGGUCGAAUGCUGGGAAAAGCAGUAUAUGAAGGUAUAGUGGUGGAUGUGCCAUUCGCUUCCUUCUUUCUCUCCCAGCUCUUAGGACAAACACACCAGGCAUUGUACUCUUGCAUGGAUGAGCUGCCCUCAUUAGACAACGAGCUCUAUCGCAGUCUUACAUUCAUUAAGCAUUACAAACAAGAUGUGGCUGACUUGAAUUUGACAUUUUCGGUAGAUCAAGAUGUAAUGGGAAAGAUUGUUACACAUGAAUUGCAUCCAGGUGGUAAAGCUCGUGCCGUUACGGACAGCAAUAAGUUGGUAUAUAUACAUUAUAUGGCCUAUUUCCAUAUGAACACGCAAAUACGGGAACAAACACAGGCCUUUAAUCGUGGAUUUCGUAGUAUCGUCAAUCCGGAAUGGUUAUCCCUAUUUUCACCUCCAGAAUUGCAACGCCUCAUAUCUGGCGAUACUGUGCCGCUGGAUUUGCGAGAUCUACGUAAGCAUACGCAGUAUUAUGGUGGCUUUCAUGAUUCGCACCGUGUUGUUGGUUGGUUAUGGGAUAUCUUGGCCAAAGAUUUUACAGAAGAAGAGCGCAAACUAUUUCUUAAGUUUGUAACUAGUUGUUCCAAACCACCUUUACUUGGAUUUGCGAACCUCGAACCACCGUUUUCUAUUCGUUGUGUUGAAGUUAGCGAUGACGAAGAUACUGGUGACACAAUUGGUAGUGUUAUACGUGGGUUCUUCACCAUACGCAAGAAGGACCCACUCAAUCGCUUGCCGACAUCAUCGACCUGCUUCAAUUUAUUGAAGUUGCCAAACUACCAAAAGAAGUCCACGUUGCGCGACAAAUUACGUUACGCUGUUAGUAGUAAUACUGGAUUUGAGUUGUCCUAAAUUUAUUACCUAAAUUUAACGUCUAAAUUAAAUAUGCAACUAAACUGUAUCUCCAUAAA